UUCCUAGCUGUUGAAUUCUCUGGAGAAGUAAAAGCUAGUCACAGAGGAAUUUGCGGAUUUUACGGGCAUCGAAUCGGCUUGGUGAUCAGAGACGAUGAAGCACAGUGAUUCCAAUUCCUGUGCAUUUCAUCACCAUUUCACCUGAUUUUCAGUUUCCAGAAGAUUCAGUUCUCUCGAAAUCCUUGCACUUUCUUUUGGUAAGUUUCUUUGGCAUGGGAGAAACCCUAGCACUUGAUGCCUACAGAGAAUCCGGUGAGUUGGGGAUUGGCUUAUGCAUUGAGUUUGCUUAUGGAGGUUAUUGAGUUUGGAAUAUUAGGUUGGAGAACCUGUUUGAGUGGGGAAACUGAGUUUCCUAGUUUUUCAGUUUUGAGGUGACAUUACUCAAAGCUGAAGUUUGGGACUAUUUGGUCAAAUGGAUUGUCCAAAGAGUGUGAUGAAGGCUUUGACAGAUUAAAGUGUGAUUAUUCAGACAAGGGGCAGUACAGAUAAUCAGAGAGAAAGAUGUCAGUUGCUAGUGUGGCACUUAGCCCGGUUCUGGAAGAGUCAUUGAAUUUCCCUGGGAAGUUCUCCCACCACUAUGGUCCUCACUUGAACAAUUCGAUCCUGAUUUACAUCAGUGUUGCUGGGUCUGUGAUUCCCAUGCGCAUUAUGGAGUCAGAUUCAAUUGCGUUUGUGAAGCUGAAGAUACAGAUAUAUAAAGGGUUCUUUGUCAGAAAGCAGAAACUAGUCUUUGAUGGGAGAGAACUAGCUCGGAACAAUUCUCGUGUUCAAGACUAUGGGGUAACUGAUGGAAAUGUGUUGCACCUUGUCCUGAGGCUUUCAGAUCUUCAAGCUAUCACUGUCCGAACUGCUUGUGGGAAGGAAUUUGAGUUCCAUGUAGAGAGGAGCAGAAACGUAAGGUAUGUGAAGCAGCAGAUUGUGAAGAAGGGGAAAGGCUUUGUCAAUCUGGAGGAUCAAGAGCUAGUAUGCGAUGGCGAAGAGCUUGAAGAUCAGAGACUCGUCCAUGACAUUUGUAGGAAGAACAGUGACGCUGUUAUCCAUCUGCUGGUCUGCAGAUCUGCUAAAGUGAGGGCCAAACCUGUUGAGAAGCACUUUGAAGGGCUUAUUGAUGCAUCAGAUUUGAAUGAGCUUGCUAGUGCAGAUGGUGAAUAUCAGUCUAGGGACAUGUUGAAACCCAAUGUCGUGGAGAGUAGACCACUGCCAAAAGAUUUCCUAUUGGAGCCUUUCUUCGUUAAUCAAGAUAAUGAACUGCCAUUUGUGUUAAAAGAGCUAAUUGAAUCUACUUUCCAAGGAUUGGAGGGAGGCAAUGAGCCAAUACGGUCUUCAGAGGGAUCGGGAGGAGCUUACCUCAUGCAUGAUUUUUCUGGCCUGGAGUUUGUAUCGGUUUUUAAGCCUAUUGAUGAAGAACCAAUGGCAGUGAAUAAUCCCAAGGGACUUCCCUUGUCACUAGAUGGUCAAGGGAUGAAAAAGGGAACGCGUGUUGGAGAGGGUGCACUGAGAGAAGUUGCAGCUUACAUCUUGGACCACCCAGCGGUUCACAAUUCGGAGAAGGGCUUUGCUGGGGUUCCGCCCACUGUUAUGGUGAAGUGUAUGCAUAGAGAAUUCAAUUAUCCAGAAGGUUAUGAGUACACAAACAAGAAUUUUAAGAUAGGAUCACUACAGAUGUUCAUGAAGAACAUAGGAAGUUGUGAGGAUAUGGGACCCCGAGCGUUUCCAGUGGAUGAGGUCCACAAGAUUUCAGUCUUGGACAUAAGGUUGGCAAAUGCGGAUAGGCAUGCAGGCAACAUAUUGGUCAGCAGGGAUGGUGAAGAUGGACGUAUCGUGCUUAUUCCUAUUGAUCAUGGAUACUGUCUGCCUGAAAAUUUUGAAGAUUGCACAUUUGAGUGGCUCUACUGGCCCCAAGCUCAGCAGCCUUACUCUCCCGAAACUAUGGACUACAUCAAGUCACUGGAUGCUGAACAAGACAUUCAACUCUUGAAGUUUCAUGGUUGGGACUUGCCAAUUGAGUGUGCUCGUACCUUGCGCAUCUCUACUAUGCUUUUGAAGAAAGGUGUGGAGAGAGGGCUUACUCCUUUCUCCAUUGGAAGCAUGAUGUGUCGGGAAACUCUUAGCAAGGAGUCUGUGAUUGAGCGGAUUGUCAAAGAAGCAGAGGAAAGUGUGCUUCCUGGAGCUAGUGAAGGUUCAUUUCUUGAAUCUGUCUCUGUGCUUAUGGAUCGCUACCUCGAUAGACUUUCAAAUGAAGGCCAUUGAGUGGCUUGUACGUUAUGUAGUAUGUACUAGUGUGUGCAUGCUUGGAUGAAUUGACGGAAGUCCCUCUCCUGAACUGACCUGCUCUUGUGCAAUAUUUGCUAAUGCUUGGACUAUAUGCUUGGUCACUUGCAUCAUUCUCUGGUGCAUCGAUUUACUUGGUGUCCAAGACAACCUGAGACUGCCACUUUGGCCAGACAGGGUAAAAACACUAUGUGCUCUUUUGGGUUUUACAAGAAGAAUGGUUUGAGCAUUGGCAAUAUGAAAUCGAUCUCCAUGCAAUUC